UAUUGUGUUGUAAGACGUGAUACAAAGUAUAAUAUUUCUUUAAUGACAUUUAUUCAACCUUUAAGUAAGUUACAGUCACAUAUUUCCCGUAUUGGAAAUAACCUGAUCUGACUCCUAAAAUUACAGUGUUACCUUAUUUAGAUUUAUUUACUCAUAUAUUAUUUACCGAAUUAAACAAAUUUGGUUCGUGUUACCAAAACAUUUUUUAUGUAGCCUAAUCUCCGCAGUAUCUAACAACAUUUAGCCUGGGUUUUAUUUUUAUAAGGGCAUGUCCCGUCAAACAUGCAUUAAGCGGAGAAAGUCUGCAUCGUCUGAUCUGUCCCUUUAAGCGGGGCGGACUGCCUGUUCUGCUGGUGGGACGGUUCUCUUCAAGCCCGUACAGAUAAACUUAUGUUUCAUAUUACUUCUAUUAGUCAGAGCAGACAGUUUGGAGUGGCCAAAAAUAAUCUCGGACCCCUCCGUAUUUUCAAAAGGAGUUGGAGAGUCGUGUACUAAGAUGCACGUACAGAUAGUAAGUACUGUAGAUUGCUAGAUAAGGCAAAGUGAAUGGAGCAGGACCGGGGAUGGUAUAAGACAGAUGGGAGAGGCAGAAAUGGGAGGGAUAGUAUUAUGAAGUCUGUCCUUGAGAUCGCAGGGCAGAGACAUCAAUGAAGACAGUGACAGAAAGGCAAACUUUAAAGUGUUUUUAAGGCAAUGCAUGAUUCGGUUUGGAUCUAGGGCAUCUAUCUAGCAUGCUUUCCAGCAAAUUACGCGGCAGCCGAGGAAAGCGCGAAAAGGAAAGCGUUCACUGUGAUCAGAGAGGAGUAACGUACGCAUCUCUUAUUAUCAUCUGUCCUAUGUGAACUGGCUCAUAAACUAAGAGUUUUGGGAAGAGAAAUUCAUCUGGGAACAGGAAAGCUUGUGAACUUUUCUGGAGCCCACAGCUAAUUGUCAGAAAUGAAACAGCUCAUCCUGUUACACGUGCAUCUUAGACUGGACUCCGACCUCAGACAUCUCAAUGCGCAAAAACCACAACAUCUACAUCACAUCUCUGAACUAAAGUGACAUUCGGUCCUGGAAUUGAUCAAGUUAUUUGCAACUUGUAGAAACUGAAUUCAAAGAUGCCGCAAGAUAUUUAAGCAUCAAACCUGUGUGCAAACCAUAAAAUAUUUCCAUUGACUUUGGAUGAUGAAAUGGAUUUCACAAUCUGAACCCUUUCCAUGCUGAUAUUGCUAAUCGCUGUGGCACCUUUUGCCUUUAUCUCAUACCCAUGGACCCAUCCAGUGUCAUGCUCUCGCAGGCGAUCCUGCUCUUACAGUGCAUUAUUCUGACUCUGGGCCAGUACGAUAUCUGUAAAUCACUGGUCAGCACAGAUGAUGGACCAACAUGGGAGAAUUAUGCUUGCCAACCCAAACCCAUGUCCAUGAAGGAGUACAUGCAGAUCCGAGUGGAGCCUCCUGAUAUCACAUGUGGGAACCCACCCGAGAGAUUCUGUACUCUGGAAAACCCAUACCUGUGUAGUGAUGAAUGCGAUGCCUCCACCAAAGAACUCGCCCAUCCUCCAGAACUGAUGCAAGAUCGGGAACGAACCGGACUCAUCACAUACUGGCAGACAGUGACAUGGAGUCGGUAUCCGGACCCUCUCCUGGCCAACAUAUCAUUAUCCUGGAACAAAAUCCUCGAGUUAACCGACGACAUCCAGAUAACCUUCGAAUACGGGCGGCCCACAAUAUUGGUGCUUGAUAAGUCACUGAAUUAUGGGCGAACCUGGCAGCCUUACCAGUAUUAUGCCGACGACUGUAUGGACGCUUUCGGGAUGUUGCCAAAAAGGGUGCAGGAUUUGACGGCAACUAACGUGACAAGGGUUAUGUGUACCGAGCAAUACUCUCGUUGGGUCGGUUCUAAGAAUGAAAAGAACGUGCGGUUCGAGGUCCGGGAACGCUUUGCCAUAUUCGCAGGGGCCAAAUUACAAAAUAUGGACAACCUGUACACGCGCAUGGAGAGUAUGAAAGGCCUACGGGACUUUUUCACCUUUACAAACCUGCGUCUUCGGCUGCUCAGACCAGCGCUCGGAGGAACAUACGUGCAGAGAGAUAACCUGCUCAAGUACUUCUACGCCAUCUCCAAUAUCGAAAUACCAGCAAGAUGUAAGUGUAACCUACACGCCGGCCAGUGCUCCCUCCGUGACGGGAUCCUUCAGUGCGACUGCGAGCACAACACAACAGGACAAGACUGUUCAGCCUGCGAGAAGGGUUUUAAAGCCAAGUCCUGGAAGCCUGGAUCCUACCUGCCCACCCCGAACGGAUCACCGAAUAUUUGUGAAGCGUCAGGGACGUCAGGCAUUCCAACACUAGCAUUUACACUGGACUCUAUAACAAUAACUCCACCCAUGACAUCACCCAUUGCCCAACUGACCACAUCAGAAAUCCCAGCGUCACUCCAACCAAUCACAACACCUCAGAGUCCGGCUUCAACAUCAACUGUAGACACAUUCACAGUGCUACUUGUGACGAGCGAUCGGCCCACAAUGCCACCUGCUACCAUCUCAAGCCAGACAGACACUUCAUCUUUCACUACACUGCCAUCUUUAUCCAGUCCAACACUUACAGUAACAUCCACCUUAACUGACCAACCAGUUUCCUCAGCACCAGAUGUGACAUUUGAUGCGGUCACCGCGGCAACCGAGAGUGUCACAGCGCCUGGCUUUUAUACCGCAGUUGUAACUGAUGCAAGCAGUCCGCUUCCUGUUCUUCCUGAAAUUACAACGACCGAUGGGCUCACCUUAGCAACCUCAUUUGUAACCAUGGCAACAGCUUCUUCAACCAUAGCAACUUUGGAGACAUUUUCAGCAGUUGCUGCUGUUACUACAACACAAACGUCAACCUCCUCUGCAACUUUUAAUGUGGAAACAAUUACAGCAAUUGAUGCACCAACUGUAGUUAUGAAUGCAGCCGCCUCCCUGACUGAUGCAGCAGUGAAGACAGAUGCACUAACUGCUGAUGCAAAAGCUUCAGACAUUGAUGCGGUUGUACCGACAACGGAGAUUCCUGUAACUACAGUAACUAAUGGUAAUGCUCCUACCACUAAUGCACCUGCAACUGUUGCAGCAAUCGAUCUUUUUACCUCAGCAACUAAUAUGGGAGUCACGGGUGCUCCAGAGACUGCAACUAAUGCAGCAACCACAGAAGAAAUAUUUAUCCAAACUACUGAAGAAUCAGUUGAAAUAAAAGCAGUUCCUGAUGGUUCAGGUGCAGGAACUGUCACCACCAAUGUAGUCCCACCUACUUCCUAUCCCAUGCUUUUGACAAAUAACCCUCCACCAGCUAGUGAGGCAGCUGUCCCAACUCCUCAAGCUGUUGCUCCUCAACCUGAGCUUGAUGAUAGGACCAAGAAAACACAAACAAACUCAGAGGACAAAGUCAAAGCUGCAGAGACCCCAGCAUCUACAGAUGUUAAAAGAAACAACGAAGCUGGGAAAGUGGGAGAAAAGGGGAAAGCCAAAGAGGAAAAGGAGAAAAAAGAUUAUGAAAAGAGAGACUAUGAGAAGAAAGUCGUCGCAAAGCUUUUGAUCCCCGGAGGUCCAAAAACACAGCUGUCGAGGAUAGCGUACAUCAGAUUCCAAGACUGCGAGUGCAACGGUCACUCAAACCGCUGCAGUUAUAUUGAUUUCAUCAACAUUGUGACUUGUGUGAGCUGCAAACACAACACUAGAGGGCAGAACUGUCAGCACUGUCGCCUCGGAUACUUCCGGAACGCUUCUGCCGAGCUGGACGAUGAAAAUGUUUGUAUAGAGUGUAACUGUAACCAGCUGGGCUCCUUGCACGCCCGCUGUAAUGACACUGGUUUCUGUCAGUGUCGAGAUGGCACCGUGGGACAGAAGUGUGACGACUGUCUAUCUGGUUAUACCUGGAAGCAAGGCUGCGUGCCAAACGUGUGUGACGACGAGUUUCUCCUGUGUCAGAAUGGCGGCUCCUGCAUCCAGAACCAGAAGUGUGUGUGUCCGCCCAACUUUAAGGGCGUCUUGUGCGAGCAGCCGCGCUGUCAGGGCGAGAAAGGGUGCGAUGGUGCAUCGACCUGCUACCUCAGCACCCUGACGCUGAUGCUCUGCCUUCUUGCCAACAGCCUGCUUAAAGCCAGCGCCUAGAAACCCAUCCUAGUCCUGAUAUCGAUCCUAAUCUACGCAGGCCAAAGGGCUGAACCCUGCGAAUAGAGAGAGAGAGAGAGGCCUGAAUCCCGUACAGACCAGGCCUCGCGGUGUUGAAAUCUUGGAAAGGUCUUCUUGGAGAGGUCAAAACGCCUUCACUGGAUGAGUGUCUAAGUGCUCAUCACCUCGCAUCACUGAUCGCCUGAACUUUAUACCAAAAAACAAGGAAUCACGUUCAGUUUCAACUCGCUCUACAUGAACUCGGACUUAAAAAGGACAGAUAAGAUAUAUAGAGUAGAUGAGGUUACGUUUCUUUUGCAUUUUUUCACUUCUCUGUAGUUUUGACGCUCACCGAGAUACAAGCACUGCACUUAGCCAGCUUGUUUUAAUGAACAAUGGUCGAUAUCAUUACUUAUGCCAAGUUAUUAUUCAUCUCUCCAAGACUCGUUUUUUACAUUUAACUUUCAUUGCUGCAUUUUUUUUCUUGAGUUUUAUUGUCAAAUGCCAUUGAGGUUGUGGAAAGUAGAUGAAACGAUAGCUGUUGUGUGAGAUUACAUUAUGCUGGAAUGUAGAGAAAGGCAAGUUUUUAAUAGUUACAUUGAACAAAUAUAUAUAAAUUUAUCUAUCUAUCUAAAAGGAAAUAUUAAUUAUUGUACAUUAUGAUUAUUAUUUACAUAUUUUUUGUAGAAAUUGUUAUUUUUGUUCCAAGUAAAUGUUACCAUUGUAAAGACAUUGCAGCUUUUAUUGCAGUGUAUAUGGUAGUCAUACCAUGGUAAAAUUAUAUUUGAUGAUACAGCAUCUCCAUUCAUGCCAUAAAUAAAGCAUAAAUACAUUACAUGCACAGCUUAAGAUCAAUAUAACCCACACGCCGUCUUGAUACUGGCAUGUGUUUAUCUGUACAUCUUUUUCGUUUACUGAAGCAAACUUUUGGGAUUGCUUAUUAAAGGGAUAGUUCACCCAAAAAUGAAAAUUAGGCCAUCAUCUUCAUAUCGUUUUAAACAUGCAUGAAUUUCUUUUUUCGGUUGAACACAAAAGAAGAUAUUUUGAUAAUUGAUGGUAAGCACACAGCUGAUUGUAACCAUCGACUUCCAUAGUAGGAAAACAAAUACAAUGGAAUUCAAUGAGUACCGUCAACUGUGUGCUUACCAUCAUUUAUCAAUAAAUCUUUUCGUCAUUUAUCACAAUACUUAUAAUACCAUAAUAUUUGUUUUCCUACAAUUGGAGUCAAUGGUUACCAUCAGCGGUGUGCUUACCAUAAUCUUCUUUUGUGUUCAACAAAAUAAAAAACUCAUACAAGUUUAGAAAAUGAUGACAGAAUGGGUUAACUAUCCAUUUAACACACUCCUAUGAUGAUAACAGUAUUGAUAAAUGUGUAUUUCGAAACCAUAAUGUCCCACAAACGUAAAACAACAUCUACACAAAAGCAUUUCUUAGGAGGAAAGGCACUGUCAAGCAAGGUGACUCACUUAAAAGUUAAAACACAUCACAUAUCAUAAGCAAUUUGGUUAAUUUUCCAAUUAUUUUUCUCUUGUGUGAGUCUCAGAGAAUGCCAAAAUCUUAGCGGCUCAUGAGCUUUUUGAUGCAUUUCAUAUUUCCACAUGCUUUACAUUCAUAAUGAGCCAGGGUAAGUACAAUACUAUGAAUAAAUAUUAUAAACAAAUAAAACCUGACAAUCAGAAAGCAUAUCA